UGCUACAGCGUUCCUUACUAAAAACUACCCUACCCAGACAACAAUGUUGCAGACAGCGGCACUGCACUCUGUAAAAGACACUUAUGUAACAACCCGUUCCCAUUAUUUUUUUGUUAUGAAACGAAGAAAAUGCAGUAUUUUGUGUCUUCUAACUUUAAAUUGGCCAAGCGUCAAUCUCAGUGGAAAGAUUCAAGGGACUAGUGACUGAGUGGACUCUCCUCUUUGUCCUGUUGCUGACCGCUGUCUUUUCAAUGACAUCCUACUGACUGAACGGUCAUUUGUUUUGUAAACUCUAUAGGCAACAAUACUUCCCACCAUGCAGUUGGAGGCCCAGCUGCGUCUUUGUCAGAGCUGUCUAUGGUGCUGCAAGAGCGGACUGCGCCUGCUCUUUCAGAGCUCUGUGCACAGAGCGGCAUUUAACCACUACGACCUUCUUGGUGUAAAACCUGAUGCCACACUGGAGCAAAUCAAGAAUGCAUUUUUCGAUAAAUCCAAAAAGAUGCACCCAGACAGUGACCCGUCUAACCCGGGGCUGCAUGGCCAGUUUGUGGAGCUGAACGAGGCCUACAGGGUGCUGAGUAAGGAGGUGUCCAGGAGAGAGUACGACCUGCGGCUACGGCACCCUUACACCGGGGGACAGGCCUUCAGACCCACCUCCACAUACAACCCCAGGGCGGAAGCUCAGGAGAGUAUGCGCUACUGGGAUCAGUUCAAACACUCUCAGCCUCAGGAGACCACAGCCGAGGCGUGGGAGAGGAAGAGGAAGAGGAACUUUAGAAUAGUUAGCUACUGUAUGCUCAUCAUGGGCCUGAGCAUCAGCGCUCACGUUCUCUUCUUCAGAAAGUUGGAGUCAGUCCAUAACAACUUCAUGGACGAGAAGGACAGGGUCAUCACACAGAUCUACAACGAGUCCAAAGAAAGGGCAAGAGUGAACGGGUUUAAGAAGCAGACGGAGAUUCUCAGACAGAAACAUGCAGACUUCCUGGAGAAAUACAAAAUCACUCGCAACAGUGGAGAGGACAAGUAGGAGUUUCGUAGAAUAAGAGUACACCUUAAAACAAGGUGGAUUGAGUUGGCGGAAGGCCAAU